AUGUUGGAAUCAAAGGACGCCGUCCUCGUGGCUACAAGCCUUGUGCUUGCCGUUUCGACAAUCGUCUCAGUAUCGUUUGAGUUGGAAAGGCAAUUGGCGACCGUUGGGCGAUUGACCGCUAGCAAAUGGUUCUUGGUAUUGAGCGCGUUCUUUGCUCUCGUCAUGACAUCCAUUGUUUGUGCAGCCGCGGCCAAAGGGCUUGGAGCUUCCAUUACCCCUAUCGAGUUCCUCCAGAGGGAGAGUCUGCAGAAGGCGAGUCCUCCUUUUCCCAUCGGUGUCCUUCCUCUCAUCGUUGCGGCCCUCCCUCCUUACUUCUUGUGCAACAUGUUCGUCAAGCAUGCAUGGUUGACGUUCUAUUACGGCCUGGCACAAAGCCGUGCUCAGAGAUACUUCAUCCACUUCAUGCAGUUGUCUGCAGUCACUUUUGGCCUCAGCUCUGUCUUGGUCAUCUUGCUGCAAUGCGUGCCCUUGAAUUAUGCGUGGCGCCAAUACCACGAACCGGCCAACGGACCUGAGAAGGGGAAGUGCAUCAACUUGUUGGCUUACUUCUACUUCAAUGCGAGCUUCAUGAUUGCCAACGACGUGGUCAUGUACUUGAUACCAAUGGUAUUGCUGUGGAAGGUUGAAACACUUCGUGAACACCGAUGGAGCCUAUAUGCGUUGUUUGCAAUCUGCUUCGUCGUCAUCUUGGCCAGCAUCUUUCGACUCGUCGCCGUCCAUGAUAUUGCCACUUCUCCUAAUCUCUCAGAAAAUUAUGCAUUGGUCUUCAUCUGGGCAUGCGUGGAGAACCACAUCGGGAUUUGCGCCGCUUGUGCUGGUGCACUCAAGGCGAGACUAUGCAUGGGCUACCGGAGGGUCAGGAUGCUCUCUGUUGACUUGCGCAGCAAGUCCUGGCGUGCGUCGACGGCGGGACCUAGGCCUAGGUCGACAUCGGUGGGGACAACCACGGAGGCUCUUACCCGAAGUCAGAUUACCGAGGAACGAACACUCUACGAGCGAACGGCCAGUCUACCAUCGUUGCAUGUAGACUUGCCACUGUCGUUCGAGAAAGAGCCCACCGGCACAAUUACGGAACUGCUCGAGUUCCAACGGCCCAGGUCAAUCCACAUCCUGGCCACACAUUCACGAGCGACGUCGGAAGACAGUCAGACCUCUACACUCCAGCACUAA